GCUCGCUGCGCUGAGCAGGGAGGUGAGUGAGUGGGUGGGAGAGCCUGGCUGCCCAAGGCUGGCGGGUGAGGGAUGCGGCGGCUUGGACCCCUGCUUUCGCCACCGAUGUUCUUCAGAGCUGUCUGGAGCUUGGUACUGAGGAAAGGAGGACCCAGGAUGCGGCAGAUGCACAGCCCGGGAAGCGCUGCCCACAGCAAGGAGAAGAUGCCCCCCUACACUAACUACCAUGCCCAGCGCUCCUACCCCAUGCCCGAUGAGCCCUUCUGCACAGAGCUCAACGCUGAGCAGCGGGCCCUGAAGGAGAAAGAGAAGGGCAGCUGGACCCAGCUGACCCAUGAGGAGAAGGUGGCCUUGUACCGGCUCCAGUUCCAUGAGACCUUCGCGGAGAUGAACCGUCGCUCCAAUGAGUGGAAGACAGUGAUGGGCUGCGUCUUCUUCUUUUUUGGAUUCACAGCUCUGAUGAUUUGGUGGCAGCGGAUCUAUGGUGGCUGCCCCAGCUCCAGCCAUUAAAGCCUACAUUCCACCCAAGAAGAGAGAAGAGAGACCUCUUUAAGGUCCAGAAGUUGCGCACGCCACUUCUGCUCACCACCCGUUGGCUAGAGGCGAUCACAUGACUGGGUCUAGCCACAAGGGAAGCUGGGAAAUGUAGUUUUCAGCGAGGCCGUCACAUGCCCAGCUGUCUAUUACUGCUGAAGAGUGAUUCUCAGAGUGUGAGACCCUGGACCAACACCAUCACUUGGGAACUUUUAGAAAUGCACAUUCUCAGCCCCAGUCUGGACCUACCAAGUCAGACACUUUGAGGGUGGAGCCCAGCAAUUGUGUUUUAACAAGCUCUCCAGAGUGAUUCUGCUGCCCACUCGGGUUGGAGAGGCACUACUCUGGAAGAAGGGAGGGGAUGUUGGGGAAGAGCUGGCAGUCUCUGUGCCAGCUGACCUCACCUCUGAUGGCCUCACCUUCUUUCUUCUUCUGCGAGAGUGUGAUGUGAAUUCCCGCUUUGCUUGAGGAUGAAAUGAGAGAGCCUUUGGGAAAAAAUUUAUCCUAGCCCAGUGUUUGGGGCUAAUAGGUGCCCAUAAAGAUAUUUUCCUUCUUUACCACACACUGGGGUAGAAAGUACCAGUGACUCAGGCAGGCCGGGUCAGCCUCAGGGACAAAUGGACCAGGAAGUAAGGUAUGAGCUGUGUAGGGAGCUCUGCCCCCAGACCUUCCCUGAUGCACACCUCGAGGCAUCUAAAAUGCCCUUGUCCCCACCCGUGCCUUC